ACAAUACGUCAAGCCGUCUUGUGUACACUUAUCUUAUCGUUCUUCGUCCUGUUGUCUGUUGGUAAAGAAACAGUAGUUCUCGCGUAGCUUGCAUGUCUCUUUUCAAUUUAAUUCGAUCAAUGAAUAAUCGCACCAUCAAAUGAGUUUGUAUCCAUCAACAUAUCUCAGCAAUCAGCUCCUUAUUGCUUGUGAGUGCACAACCUACCAUGUACUUUCAUAUUCGGACUAGAGAACUAUUCAUCUGGUCAAUAAAUUUGCAGAUCAGACCGAAUUACUGAACCCACUUAUGCAUGUUACUUAUGUACACCAUGAUCCUCUGGUAACAUAUCCAACCAUUAUUUGCUCUUCCUACAAGUUGGACAAGCAGGAUAAAAGAUGCAAAGUAUUGGAGGGUAGCCAAUUUAUUAACAAGAACCAUCAUCAAAGAUGGAGGAGUGCCAUGAUCACGAACCACUCGGGAUGGAAGCAGAACCUGAGGUCAUUCUCACUGAAGGUGAAUUCCAUGAAGACUCAACUGCAAUUCCCUCUAAAAGCAUUGAGAUUGAUCCUUUAGGAGGCUUAGAUGUUCAUUUCGAGGCCACUUCUGCGUUUAUUCCUGAUGAUGGAGGCACCUCUUCACCAGAAGUACCAACCCCAGCAACAUUGUCCAUGGUGGAAAGUAUGGAAUAUAAGGCCUCGACCUCAGUCCAUCAGCAGAGCAAUCAACAAAAGACUACUCCUGAAACAACACCGCAUUCUGAACGAAGAGGACUAAACUUAAACGCUCUUGGAGAAGACAGAAUCAAGUCGAAUUACGGUUUCUCGGAAGAAAAUGUCAUGGACAUGAGAGAAAUCCCCGACCAAACUUCAAUGGAUGUAGGGGAAGAAUCGCAUCAGGUAACUCCUACGCUACUGAGGUUCCCAUCCUCCAUUUCUAUUGUUCCGCCUCUAAUGCUCGCUAACUCUUCUAUCAAAGCAAGUCUGCAGUUAAGCUCAACAAAAAGUGAAAAUAAAUCCCCAGACAACCCCAGUAGUGAAAAACUUGAUAAUGUCUCUUCAGAGACAAGCCCUGCCAUUGAUGGAAAAGAGUUUGCCCCUGCAAAUCGCCUAGAUCAGUCUAUAUCAAAAGGCAGAGGAAAACCAUUCUCCUUCAAUUGCUAUUUAGAUCAGAUUAAAUCGAAAGGCAGAGGAAAACCAUUCUCCUUCAAUUGCUAUCUAGAUCAGUUCAACACAUCAACCAGUGUGAAAAAACAUCCAGAGGCUCCAUCAAAUGAGAGGCCCUUCGCUUGUUCAUUGUGCCCAGCACAGUUCAAAGACAACAGUGGUUUGAAUCGCCAUUUAAAAACCCACUCUGGUGAAAAAUCAUUUCCGUGUGUGCAUUGUCCGGAAAAGUUCAACAAUAAAAAUGACCUUAACAAUCAUUUACAAACACACGUGAAAGAACGGCCUUAUUCCUGCAAAGUCUGUCCCGCUCGAUACCAGAAGCAAAGCCAUCUUGAUAUCCAUUUGCGUAACCACUCGGAUGACCAACCAUAUCCCUGUGAUCAGUGCCCUGCACGCUUCAAAGUUAAAAACAGCCUCACGCAGCAUUUGCGAUCUCAUUCCAACGAGAGGCCUUUUGCUUGUGCUCAGUGUCCAGCUCGAUACAAAGAUAAAUGUGGUCUUAGAAGGCAUUCACGAAGUCAUUUGGGUGAAAAAUCCUUCUCUUGUGAAAACUGUCCAGCCCAGUUUAAGAAUGAGGGUUAUCUUAAGCGACAUAUAAAGAUGAAGGUAUGUUCUCAGCUAGAGUUUAAUGAUAGGAUGAGCGUCAAAGAGCAUACCCAAACUCAUGCUAGUGAGCUAUUAUACCGUUGUCCAGACUGCACUAUGAAAUUUGAUAAUAAGGAGAGUCUAAGGUUACAUUUUGAAAACCACUUGCGAAGUCCUGAUCCUGAUGAAAGAUCCUACGUUUGUGACCACUGUAAAGCUCAAUUCCAAGAUAAAAAGAGUGUCAGGCGACAUCUCCAAGUAUGCGAUGGCGUGAAUAAAGAAACAUCAUCAGAUCUAAAGGAGAUCCUUCUCACUGGCACCGAAGACAAAGCCUCUAUUUACCAGCAAUUUUUGACGAACUUAUACAAUAAGGAAGAGUUAGAGAAACGUUUAUUCGCUAAUCCUGAUGAAAAACUGGAAAAAAACUAUGUCUGUGAACAUUGUUCUGCACAAUUUAAGCACAGGUUUUCCUUCACUCAACACUUAAAAGUCCACUCAGAUGAGCGACCGCACGCUUGUAAUCAGUGCCCGAGUACAUUUAAGGACAAACAGAGUCUCAAGGAGCACUUUAAAACUCAUUCUACGGAGAGACCAUGGUUUUGUACCCUAUGUGGUGCUAGUUUUAAGGAUAAGAAGUGUCUCAAGCGACAUAUAAGAACUCAUUCUGAUGAGAGACCAUUCAUUUGCCAACUUUGUUUAUCUGGAUUCAAAACAAGAGGCGACCUGAAGAAACACUAUAGGACUCACUCCGGGGAAAGACCUUACUCAUGUGAUAUUUGCCAAGCUCAGUUUAAGAAAGGAAGUUCCCUCAAGAAACAUCGGUUAUCACAUUCCGAUGAGAGACCGUUUUCUUGCGAACUUUGCCCAGCGACUUUCAAAGAUAAAGGUGGUCUCAAGCAACAUUAUCGAUCCCACUCAACUGAAAGAGCUUUCUGUUGCCAACUCUGUCCAGCAGAGUUUAAGGAUAGGCAGACUCUUGCGUAUCAUUUCUUUAGUCACACCAGUGAGAGACCGUUUGCCUGCGAGCUCUGUGAUGCUCGCUUUAAAGACCGAAAAUGCCUCAAGCGGCAUGAAAUAAUUCACUCUGCCGAAAGACCUUAUUCCUGCGAGCAUUGCUCUGCAAGUUUUAGACGGAAAAGUUAUCUCACUGAGCAUUUAAAAAUUCACUCAGACGCUACUCCGUUCUCCUGUGACCAGUGUAAUGCCCAGUUUAAAGAAAAAUCGUAUCUAACGAGGCAUUUACGAACUCACUCUGAGGACAGACCUUUCCCGUGUGAAAAAUGUCAAUCACAGUUUAAAGACAGGAAAAGUCUCAACCGCCACUUAAAAACCCAUGUUGAUGUCAGAGCUUUUGUGUGUGAGCAGUGUCCUGCAACAUUUAAAUGUAAAAAAAGCUUAAAAGGACAUACUAUCACGCACACGGAGGUAAAGUCUUUUGCCUGUGAACUUUGUUCUACUCAAUUUAAAUACAAGAAAGGUCUCGUGCGGCACAUGCGCACACAUUUCGAUGGCCGGCCUUUUUUCCUUGAAUCAUUGUUGUGCACUAUGCCUGCCAGUUCCUCUGAGAGUCGUGAAAACGAAGAGAUGAAUGAAGCUGUUCAACACAUGAAUGAAGUCGCUCAAGACAUGAAUGAAGCCGUUCAACACAGGAAUGAAGCCGUUCAACACACGAAUGAAGCCGUUCAACACACGAAUGAAGUCGUUCAACACACAAAUGAAGCCGUUCAACACAUGAACGAAGCCAUUCAACAUAUGAAUGAGGAGGUCAAGGUCUAAACAUGUAGCGAACAGUGACUGUGGCCUUAUGCACCAUUCCAAGAUUAGUAAAAUUCCCGCAAGUAAAUAGAGUGCAAUUCUGAAGAAUUUUGGGUGGAUAAAACGUGCUAUAGAUUAGCAUUGCGUCUUUAGCUACAGAAUUUUGGCUAUGCAACUCUUUUAUUCUAUCGCUUCAGUAAAAAUAAAGAAGAUUUGUACAGGAAAUAUACCGCAUCCAAAACAAGUAUUAAUAUGAUUAUGUAACGUUCAGAACGUUGUAACAAUCAUUGAAUAUGAUUUUCUCAUCGAAAAAAAUCUCAAAACAUAACAUACCAUCAACCCUGAAAAAAGUUAUCUACAAAAAUUCUUCUUUAAAUUAUAUAAGUGAGAUCUUAACACUUUUGAAGUACAAGUUGAUGAUGAAACUGCAGAAGCAAAUAUUUCCUCUGAGGCAUUUCAAAAUCUCCACCCUCAUUUUACUUUAUUGAAGAAAAACGAUCUGUAAAUAUUGCCUAAAAUGUUUUCAGGAAAUUUUUUUACACAGAAGAAAAAUCAGGGAAGUUGUAAAGGAAUCACUUUUAGUUUUUCUCUGUUUCCAAAAUAAAUUAUAAAAGGAGGGUUUCAGCUUUGCAAAUCAAGAUGCAUGUUUUUGCAGUUUCACUGUCCAAGUGUGACCUCAGAAUGCUCUUUUUUAGGAUUGCAUAGCGGGUUUGUUUAACCAGCCCUCAAAUAAUUUAUUAGGUAAUUUUAAGUCUGGCAAAGCUGACUUUCCUUGGUUAACUAGCUGAACAAGAGCUUAUGUACUUAAACUAAGCGUAAAAGUUUUAGGUAGAGGUAACUUACCUAGCUACGCGAGGAAGAUUUCUUAAUUCCAAGCCAAAAACUUUUGAAGAAUGACAAAAGUCAUCAAUGCAUGAUCCUAGUCAUAUAGGAACAAAUUUUAAGGCCCUGAACUUGGUUUCUGCUUUAUCUGUUCUCCUGUAAUUUUAAUGUUUAGGUAUUAUAUAAUUUUAGGUACUCUUGUUGUUUCCAUGAUGUAAUUUUUUGUGCAGUGUUACCUUAGCAUUUUUUGUUUUUCUUCUGUUUUUUGUUCUGAAAUUUUUUGUAAAUUAUGUAUCUCGCACAUAAACAAGACUGGUCGUCAA